AUUUAACGACCAAAAAUUUUACGAUAAUAAAAUACAACUAAACAUAAAAUAAUCCUAUGCAAAAAAUAAAAUGAAGGCUUUUCAGAACGUUUGCGAGGGUAUUGAAGAGUUCUGUUUGCAUCGCAUACCGAAUAAAUACCCCACGUUUAUUUACUUCCUGAAAUCUUGUCUUAUACUAUUUUUCGGCACGUUUAUUCCCGGCUAUGUUUUCACAGUUAUCGAAGGUCAACUGGAGAAAGACAUCAAAUUAAAGGAAUAUCCUCGCUAUCAAGAACGCGCGAUAAUUUCCCUACACAAACUUAGCCAAGAAAGUUUAUCGUUAGAAGAGUACUCGAAGCGCGCUGAAAGCAUCAUAAUUGAAUUCGAAUCAACAACAUCCGAAUUUUUCAGGAAAUAUCCCCUAAUUAUGUCCAACAUGGAAGAGGAAAUUUGGUGUUUGUGGACUGGAUUUUUUUAUUCCUACACUGUUUACACCACUUUAGGUUAUGGUGAAAUGUACCCCUUGACUACAGCCGGUAGAGUUUUGACGAUAGUGUACGCAAUCGUUGGAAUCCCUUUGUUCCUGCUGUUCCUGAGAGAUUUGGGAAAAUUGUUUACGAGGUUCAUUAAAUACGAAUGGAUGCUCAUCAGGCGUGUGUACUAUCGGGGGACGUGCAAAAAACCAUCCAAGCACUUGGACGUGUUCGUGGAGAAAAAACUGCACUCGAAACUGACCUACGUGGAGAACAAAAAGGACGAUUUGGAUCAAACGUCUUAUUCAGAAUCUACGGUAACUCGAGACAUAUCGACUUUCGAACUCGACGACGAAUUUAACAUACCAAUACCGAUCGCCUUGGUCAUUCUAACCGUAUACAUAUUCAUAGGAGCCUUGUUGUACACGUAUUUCGAGAAAUGGGACGUCUUCGAUUCAUUCUACUACGUCUUCAUCUGCCUUUCUACCAUAGGUUUCGGCGAUUUCAUACCCCACAAUCCCACGUGUGAAGUGAUAUCGCUGUUUUACGAAUGCUUCGGCAAGGCCUUCAUGGCUAUGACCAUCGAUACCUUCUCGGAGCAGCUUCACCACAAGUUCCACGCCUCGCUCAAGUCCGAUUCGGACAUUUGGGACGACAUGGAGGACACCAGCGAGCCUUCGCUGGAGGACGUGGAGCAAGAUGCGGCGAAGGACAAGACCGUGCACAGGAUCAUCUACACGGAGAACAAGGAGGACGAGAUACACGGGAUCAGAAGGACGAAAAGCGCCUUCGUUUCGAGACUUCUUUGAAUUUUUUUUAAGUUGUUUUUGUAUUAAUAUAGUCGAUAAUCGUUUGAUUAUAAAUUUU